CCUCAGGGGCCACGCCCCCCAGCCCCUUUGGGGGCUGGUGCGCGGCGGAGGGGGUGGAGCCUUCCUCGUGACCUUUCACCCCAGCAUGGCUGCGCCCGUGGGACCGGUGAAGUUCUGGAGACCCGGUACAGAAGGGCCAGGUGUCAGCAUCUCUGAAGAGAGACAAAGUCUAGCUGAAAACUCGGCAACAACUGUUGUUUACAACCCUUAUGCUGCCCUUUCUAUAGAGCAGCAGAGGCAGAAGCUGCCAGUGUUCAAGCUUAGGAAUCAUAUAUUAUACUUGAUAGAAAACUAUCAGACAGUAGUGAUCGUUGGAGAAACAGGAUGUGGGAAGAGCACACAGAUUCCACAAUACCUGGCAGAAGCUGGCUGGACGGCCGAAGGAAGAGUGGUGGGAGUCACCCAGCCCCGGAGAGUGGCUGCCGUUACAGUUGCAGGGAGAGUGGCUGAGGAAAGGGGUGCAGUGCUGGGCCAUGAGGUGGGCUACUGCAUCCGCUUUGAUGACUGCACCAGCCCACUGGCCACGAGAAUUAAGUUUCUGACCGAUGGAAUGCUGGUCAGGGAAAUGAUGGUUGAUCCAUUAUUAACAAAAUACAGUGCCAUCAUGCUGGAUGAAGCCCACGAGAGGACCUUGUACACCGACAUUGCCAUUGGUCUGCUGAAAAAGAUUCAGAAGAAGAGAGGGGAUCUUCGACUGAUUGUGGCUUCAGCCACUUUGGAUGCAGAGAAAUUUCGGGAUUUCUUUAAUCAAAAUGACACCAGUGAUCCAACCAGGGAUACGUGCGUGAUCCUUACAGUGGAAGGGCGAACAUUUCCAGUGGACAUCUUUUAUCUACAGAGUCCUGUUCCAGAUUACAUCAAAUCAACCGUAGAAACCGUGCUGAAAAUUCACCAGACUGAGGGAGAUGGAGACAUACUAGCAUUUCUCACUGGUCAGGAAGAGGUGGAAACUGUCGUGUCAAUGCUGAUCGAGCAGGCUCGAGCUCUAGGUCGGACUGGGAUGAAGAGACACCUCCGGAUUCUCCCCAUGUAUGCGGGACUGCCCUCCUUUGAGCAAAUGAAAGUGUUUGAAAGGGUGUCACGCAGUGUCAGAAAGGUGAUUGUGGCCACCAAUGUAGCAGAAACCUCCAUCACAAUCAGCGGGAUUGUGUACGUGAUUGACUGUGGCUUCGUGAAGCUCCGGGCCUACAACCCCAGGACAGCUAUCGAGUGCUUGGUGGUGGUCCCGGUGUCCCAGGCAUCAGCCAACCAGCGAGCAGGACGUGGUGGCCGCAGCCGCUCAGGGAAGUGUUACCGCCUUUAUACAGAGGAAGCCUUUGACCAGCUGCCUCAGUCCACUGUCCCUGAGAUGCAGCGGAGCAACCUGGCCCCCGUCAUCCUGCAGCUGAAGGCGCUGGGGAUCGACAACGUCCUCAGGUUCCACUUCAUGUCGCCACCUCCAGCGCAGUCGAUGGUUCAAGCAUUGGAAUUACUCUAUGCUCUGGGAGGUCUGGACAAAGACUGUCGCCUAACUGAACCUCUUGGCAUGAGAAUAGCAGAGUUUCCUUUAAAUCCCAUGUUUGCAAAAAUGCUGCUUGAAUCAGGGAAUUUUGGCUGUUCUCAGGAAAUUCUAAGCAUUGCCGCCAUGAUGCAGAUCCAGAAUGUCUUUGUGGUCCCCUCAAACCAGAAGUCUCAGGCUAUGCGAGUGCACCGAAAAUUUGCUGUGGAGGAGGGUGACCAUCUUACCAUGCUCAAUGUGUAUGAAGCAUUUAUCAAACACAGCAAGAACUCCCAGUGGUGUCAGGAGCAUUUCCUGAAUUACAAGGGCCUCGUCAGAGCUGCGACAGUGAGGGAGCAGCUGAAAAAGCUUCUCGUCAAGUUUCAAGUGCCCAAGAAAUCUAGUGAAGGUGAUCCAGAUCCAGUUCUGAGGUGCAUCGUUUCCGGAUUCUUUGCAAAUGCUGCCAGGUUUCAUUCUACUGGAGCUUAUAGGACCAUCCGUGAUGAUCAUGAAUUGCACAUCCACCCAGCAUCGGUCCUCUAUGCAGAGAAGCCACCCCGCUGGGUUAUCUACAAUGAAGUUAUCCAAACCUCUAAGUAUUACAUGAGAGAUGUGACCGCCAUUGAGUCUGCUUGGCUGUUGGAGCUGGCUCCACACUUUUAUCAACAAGGAACGCACCUGUCCCUAAAAGCCAAGAGGGCCAAGGUCCAGGACCAGUGAGCAGAGCUGGCAGCCGCUGCAGGAGCUGCUCGGCGUCCCCUCCUCCACGCGGUCACCCCCGGCCCAGGGCGGACAAGCUGGCGUCGGCUCCUGUGGACCUGUCAGCGGCUCUGCAGUGGGCUGCAGCCCAUUCACAGCCCCCUCCCGCCCGCUCCCCUCAGCAUCUGCAUUCCUCGCCGGGAUCUGGAGGAGUCUGCCUAGGUGGGCGUCCUGCUGCGCAGGAGUUGGAAAGCCCAUGCUCUUGGCUCACCCAGCACCCUCCCUGGUCCAGCGUGCCCCUGCCACCAGGCAUGAACUCCAGCCCGGCUUCAUGGGGAGCAGGGAGGAAGGUGGGCUGCUGCGGGCUGAAGCACCACGUGGGGUGGUCAGGGCUUUGCUGGGCUGGCCUUGCCCUCCCUGCUGGGACCCCUCCUCUAUUGACCAGUGAGGCUCUUGGCCAAGUGUGGACAUGGCACAUACCUAUGAUGAGACCCUGGAAACGUGGUGGAUUUCUGCCAGUCACCCAGGGGCAUGUUUGGUGGGCACAGGGACUCUAAAGUCAAGCAGCUUCUGUUUUCCCUCUGCCUGUGUUCCUGUUUGUCUGUGGUCAGGAGAUUUGCGAGGAUUGGUGAUCAACAGAGAGAUCCCAUGUGCACAAGGCUCCUUGGCUUCACAAGCAGCUUGGCUUCCCCUUCACGCACGGUACCAUGUCCCGAUGCCACUGGAGACAGCUCAUCAGCUCGAAUCCCAUCCCAGAUCCUCGGUAGCAGAAAUUCACAACUGAUAGAGGCUCUAAGCUUCUGUAGCUCAGGAACAUACUCGUCGUUUGUCUUCUGUGUGUUUGCUUGGGUUCUUGGGAGAAGGCGGGGACCCUUCCAGCAGGCACUGGUGUCGUCGUCCCCUGGGCUGCUUGGCUGUGACGAUGUUCGCAAACACAUAGCUUGAAAGUUUAUUUUUGUACCGAUCUAGUUUGGAUGUGCCACUUUUGGCACCAAACGUGUAUGUCAUUUUUAUUUCUGUUUUAUAAACAUGUAAAUAAUAGUGGUAACUUGUUAAUAAUAGUAAACCUUUAUACUUAAAGUAAAUGUAGUCCCUCCCAUCCGUGGUUCUCCUGGUCUGUAUUUUAAGACAGUCCAAUGAAUUCUUCCAAGUGAGCGCUUGACAUCAGCUGAGAAACCAGAGGCUUGGCACAUGGCAACUUUGGGGUCAUGUGGGCACAGGAAGCCCCGUAGAGCAAGAUUGUGUGAUCAGAUGCCCUCCAGACAUCGUUAGAGCAGACAUGGGAUGUUGUGGUUAAGUCCCAAAGAAGUGCCAGUUCUCACCAGUUUCUGAUUGGGAUCCUUGUGGAGAAAGGCUAGAAAUGCUUUCAUAAAGCCUGAAUUUAGGACCAGGGCUGAUCCUGUUGAGCUGCUGUUGGGGUGGGAGGAGGCAAAGGGGCAGAAUCCACAUCCUCUGGGGGCGAGACCACAGAUCAAAUCAGGGGAUCAAACGAGUCCGGGGUGCAGGCUGGAGCCAGCGAGGUGUCACUGGCCACCUCUGCCCGUGGGUCCUAUCUGUCGCCGCCUCUCCACCUCUUGGGCAUCCCCAGCAGGGCAGGCCUCCCAGCGUUGUGCCCUGUGUCACAUCGCAGCCCCUCGUGUGUGGAGAUAGAUCAUCACCAUGAAAGGCCUGUAACCGCGAAAUGCCAGCCUUGGCCCCGGGGCCCCUUUGCACGUGUCUGCAGGACCACAUGACCUCGUCAGAGAGUGCUGACUCAGCCAGGCUGAGAGACCAGUAGGGCCCGAUGGCCUGGCAGCUCCCAAGACUUUGUCCCCUAGUCGUUCCACAAGAAUGAGCCCUCUCAAGCCCCACACAGGUGCUUAGAUACCAUUAGUGACAUUUCCACGACUUUGCAGCGUCUUCCUUCCGAAGCCAGCUGCUCGUGUUGGACGGCGCAGGGGAGUCCAUGCUGGGAGGUGGCAUGGGGCGGUGUCAUCCUGAGGCCCAGGGACGGGCCCUUCUGUGCUCGUUCAUUCUCUGCGGGUUCUGUGCCGAAGCCAGUCUCCCCGAGGGCUGGACGGCGCCAUCACAAGGAGGCCCCUGGGCCAGGCUGCGCUCCGGCCCGUCCCUCCGUCCAGUCUGCAGACACUGGCUGAGCACCUGGGCUGUGUGUGUAACACAGGAGUGGGGUGGAGAUGUUCGACAGCAAGUGACUAGGUGAGGGGACACGCAGGGAGGCAGGGGACAAGGGUGAUAGUGGUGAGAGAUGGCAGAGGCCGCGGCGGUGGUUAGAAGCCAGUCAUCCAGAAAAAGCUUGCUCUUAACAAGACCCUUGUGAACCUACAGAGUGUGCUCACAUUCUGCUGCUCUGUCUGUCCCUCCCACCUCACCCUUUCACUUUGGCCGUGAACGUGGAGAGUCGCCCAGUCCCCCAGCUCCUGUCUCUGGCACCAGCUUCAGCACCAGCACAGCCUGUGACCAUUGCUGCUUGCUCUUGGCCUCGGUGCCAGGCUGGGUUCCCCUGCCAUCCUUCCCUGUUCUCAGCACUACUUUCCAGGCCCCAGCGCUGAUGGCUUCCUGUCAGUUGUUUCAUAGGGUCGAGUGGUGGGGUCACACGUCUGAGGUGCCUAAAUUUGGAUGACCACAAGGCCCCAUGCUGGAACUACAGGACCAGAUCUCCAGUGGUGGGACCUGGGAGCCUGCAACUUGAAGAGCUCCAGCCCGGAUGAUUCUAAUGAUGUGGUGGCUUGGGGACCACUGGUAAAGGAGAUAAGAUGUCACAAGGACCUCAACCCAGGAAGGGAGGUGAGCCACCAGCUGGGCAGUCAGGAGGAGCAUCAGACUUGAGUGACAGUUUUGACACAGGUUGUCUUCUAACCCAUACCAGGAUCCUCUCUGAGCCCACUGGCCUGUUCCUCCAAAGCACUGGGGUUGGAAUGCAACUCCUGACAGGUCACGGUGGUGGGCACCAGUGUUGGCCCACAAUGAGUUUUCUUGACUUCUCUCUCCAAAUGGUGAG